AAUAUCAAUUGGAUAAGAAAUAAUAAAAGUGAUAAUGUUUUUUCAGUGUUGUAUACACACAUCCUAUUUUCAUAAUUGAAAAUUUGAUGCCAUGUAACACACCUCGUUUUCGCAUCCAAAUGUAACACAUCCUAUCCUUAAAAUUAAUAAGUUGAAAAACACUUUAACUAUGACUUUAUAAAUUGCUCGGCCUUUCAAAAAACAAAAUACAAACAGACUAAGAAACCAAGAGUGGCAAAUGUGAGGUAUCAAACACCCAACCUAGGUGAAACAUAAUGGCUUUGAAUCCUCAUUUGUUGACUAAAUUAAUUCUGCAUAUAUUAUUUGGUGCCAAUACACAGAUUUUGCACAUCUAAACCUCCUCUUUUGCCGAUAGGUAAACCUUAUGUAUAUAUUUUCUCAUAAACCCCUGUAUUUUUGGGCAACUCUAAUUUCCAUUCUCAGGAGAUCAACCUUGCUUGGUUCAAAAUAAUUUGGGUUACAAUGAAAAACAUUAGAAGAUGGAACUUAAAAUUGUCGACUGGUUUCUUUUCAAACUUAGUCUUUUGGCUUUGUCUUAUUGGCUAGAAAAUAAUUUUGUCACUUGCGUUUUUAGUUGAUAGAUUUUAAUGAAUAUUGUUUUGGCUGAAAAUUAAUAAGCAUGUAGUUGGAAACUUCUAAUUUAAUUCAAUUAUUAGCUUACACCAAACAUGAUUUUUUAGCCAAAUUAGAGUAAAUUAAUAUUGAUUAGCGGGUGACAUAAAAUAUAUAUUAAAUUUGCAUUCCAAUUAGAUUUUCCAGCCAAAUUAAAUGAGCAACAAGUGAGUUGAGCCACAUGCCGGUUUAGCUAGCUCAGCCGGCGACCGAAUCGGAAACGGAAACGCAAAAUAGUUACACUCCCGCAAACGGAAAGGAAUAAUAAUAUAAUAAUAAAUCCAUAUUUAAUCAACCGGCUAAUUAGCCCCCAAAACUAAAAUGGAAAUUACCAAUCAAGUCACUCCGGCCCUCCUUAUAAAACCUAGUCUCUCGCGCUACCACAUUCACUCUGUGCCGUAAUCUCUCUUAAUUUCUCUCCAAUGGUAACCAAUCCAGGCCACGAUCACCACGCCGCCGCCGCCAGCAGCAGCGACGGCGCCUCCCCAUCAGCGACAAAUCGCUUUCCAGACUACGAAUCCGACGAUCUUGAUGAAUCUUCCGCCGCCGCCUCUCCGUCCUUUUGCUUGUGCUUCCCCGCACACUGCUUCGGCCGCCGAUCCGCCGGGUCCCACGCCUACUUGUUGCAGGUAAACCAAGAUCGCCACUCCUCCGAGGACCAAGAGCCCCGCGGCGGGGGAGGCGGCGGGCGGCGGUGGGUGGCGGAGAAGCUGAAGAAGGCGAGGGAGGUGUCGGAACUGGUGGCGGGGCCCAAGUGGAAGAAUUUCAUCCGCAGAUUCAGCGGCACCGUGAGGGCGGCGGUGGGGUCGAUUGCCAAUAAUGCGAAUAACGGCAGGAUCAAGAGACCGUCCAAGAUGCAGUUUCAGUACGACGCGCAGAGCUACGCGCUUAACUUCGAUGACGGCGUCGAUACCGCCGACGACUGCGGGUACCCCGGUUUCUCCGCCAGGUAUGCGGUUCCGCCGCCGCCGCUUUCGGCCGGAUCCAAUGGCGUGAUGAACAAGGCCGCCUCGCAGCUUGGCACGUGAAUGAUCUCUUGUGUAUAAAACAUCUCAGUCAUGAUUAUUACUGUUGUUCAUCUUUUGUUCCUUUAUUUUUUCUUGUUCGCCGGACCUCGAACGAUUAACUUAAUUUUUUUAAAAAUAGUUACUUACCCUCCCGAAUGUAAUAUCUGUAUAUGAAAAGUAUUCUUUGAGCUUAAUUACCAUAUACAUUAUAAAAGAUUUUGAUCCAUGUGCAUGAAAGUAGAGAGUGUUUUGUAAAAAUAUAAAUUGUAUUUACCGAUGAAUAUCAUCGUUAUAUAUAACUCAACAGAUCAAGAAACAUGAGAACCCAAUCUAUCUAGUGUAUGGUGUAAAUCUCUCAAAUGCUUGCAAGUAAUAAUUCGUUCCCAAUCAUGUGACAGAUUUUGAACACAACACCGUUGCACAUCAAUCUCAAUGUCUUCAAAGCGUUGUUGAUUUCGCUCCAACCAAUUGUUGAUGAGGUAAAAUCAUGUAAAAUAAUAGUAAAAAAAAAUUUGCCCUAAAAUACCUCAUUAGCUAUCUCAAAUCUGGUGAGUGUAGUAAUUACUGGAUCCAAGAACUUUGACCAUGAGCCCAUUGUAAAAUCCAAAUUAGAUUGUUUCCGUACCCCCAAAACCCCAAAUUAAUUAUGUUUCAUUAUUACUAAUUAGCCCUAUUGCAGCAAAGGUAUUUAUUAGAAAACAAAUGUCACCCCCUUGAAUGGUGCCUGACAUUAUUCCAGGUUCAAAUCUUGGAAGUACACAAGAGACAAAAUAGCUAGCGAAAAUUUUUCUGAAUCAAAUCAAAACGUUAAUUGCAUAGAAAGCCGUGUAGAUUGGGAAUUAAGUAAAUAAUUAGUUGUACGAAAAGAGAGACAUCUGGAAAAUAAUUAGUCGUUGUUGCAAAUCAAAGUGAGGAAAUGGAAUAUAUUAGUUGUCCUUGCCCCUGUUAACAGGAUACAGUUCAUCUGCGAGGACAACCGAAAGGGAUUCUAAUUAAUCAAUAAUCAUCACCCAGCUGGUGCCAAGAUAUCUGAAAUGAUUAAUUAUUAUUUAAAUAAUAACUUAAAAGAAACUAAAAGGUUCAGAACCCACACCCCAAAAGAUUAGCUAGAUUGUUGUUCGUCGGGGAUUAUUUAGUGGGCUAUGACAAUCAACGUUGUAAUUCAUACUCUUAAGUUUAUUAUGUUAACAAAUAACCACAGAAAACUUUGCACUGCCUUAUUAUAGUGACUAGCUUGUAACCCGACCCGUUGGUCGGAGGAGCUGAGCCGAAUAUUGAAUUAUUGGGAUAACCCGUAGAUUCAACCAUUAAGCUAAAUUGGUCUAAUGGUGAGUACCGCCUAGCAUAUCCCUAAUAAUCAUACCAAAGUGAAUAUAUUGGAACAUAAACAGUACAUCAAAAGUUGGUACAACCAUGAAGUUAGACCAUUAAAAACAUACCAAUGAAAUUGAAUAGCAUCGAAAAACUUCAACUUCAUUAUAUAAUUACAUGAGAUCAGAAAGAGAACACCAUUAAUUUGAUUUAUAAAACUUUCAUCUUGUCGUCAUUGUGCUUUCUGGUUUUUGUCAGGCCAUGAUAAAAUCUAAGGAAAUCAAGAACGAACAACACGAUUUGGGAUAGGAACCGCCGUUGUCGUAUUCCUAGAGAAUGGUGGUAAACACGGACUCACCUGCCAAACUGGUUUGGAUUGAGAUUUUUAUCGGGUAUCAAGGAACCAUGUGAUUAUAAAUUAGACUUGAUCAAAACGGGCCAAAACUUAAAAUUCAACCUGUUUGACCGACCCAUGCAAAAUUCUAAUUAUUCGUUACUUUUAAACUUUCUAUUUGAAAAUAAAAAAAUAGUGAAAGAAAAUAGAUGACUGCAAUUCGCCAUUUGCACAUCACUUAUUCGGGAAUAAAACCAUAGAAAUUCA